AUGUCCAGCGAAGAUAAAAAACGCCCAGGUUCCCUAAACAAAAAUCUGAAUUCUUCACCAAACUCCGUAAUAACAAUGUGGGUAAAACUUGAGGGAAAUCCAGAUUUCGAGAAGUUCACUGUUAAUAAAAAUGAUUAUCCAGACAACCCAACCGUGCACGAUCUUAAGACGCUUCUCUGUAGAAGGUUUGAUGAACUUGCGAAUAUUAGUGAGGGAAAGUUUCAGGUAUUCACACUUUCCGAUCCCGGUAACCCCCAAGUUCUUUCCCCGAAGACUACGCUUGAAUCUUUGAGUAUCACAAAUUCAACAGAACUACUUGUUCGUUACCCAUUGUCCGACUUGAGCAGUAAGUUUACCGCAAAUAAGGGUGUAAAUAAGGGCGAGUGUUGCAUUCCACAUUCUAGUGGUUCUUUUAGCUUAUUACGAGAAUGUGUCAAGACAGAGUUCAACGAAAAGUUAGAAAAUAUACCAACGAAAAAUCUUUAUUUUGAAUAUUAUGAAGAUAAGAUUCUUAAAGAACAAGUCAGGAAUGAGUUUCAUUUUAAUUCACUAGUGAAUAAAAUAAAGCGAAAUGACAAAAAUGAACUUAUUAUCAACUACUUUAAAGUUCAAGUCAAAGAUCAAAAGCCAUACGGUGAUUGGAAAAUGAAAGAGAUCUCCAGGAUUUACGAUCAUGCAUUCGAGUCUAGUGAAAUGAUAGAUAAAUUCAGAAUAGAAGAUCUUCCUGAGUUAUCCGCGCAUUUUAGUAAUGAAGAAUUACAAUGCUUUUUCGACGACCUCAAGAGAAAAUUAUAUGCAUUUCAAGUGAUUUCCUCUAAUGAAGCUACAUGUCGCGAGUAUAUAUCAAUAUUUUUGACCUGGGCAGUCAACCAUAUCAGAAAGCAUAUUGAUAAUACGGCUCGAUUGGCUGUAAAAAUAGAAGUUAAUGGAAGCCACGGAUAUGGUAGUUUUGAUUAUGCAAUUUUUAUACGAUACAUUCUUGCCUUAGUAACUGAAGCUAAAGUGAUGGAUAUGGAAAAAGGUAUCACCCAAAACUUGGCGCAGAUCUACAGUGCAGUUGAAAAAAACCAAGAAAUAUUAGGAAACAAGCGAAAAUUCGAUCAAACAGGUUUGGAUAAUUAUCCUGAAGUAAUAUUUGGAAUCGUAACAUCAGGAACCAUUUGGCGAUUUAUCCGUGUGUCUGGUCCACUAAAAUCUCUAAAAGUCGAAAUUACUGCAGAAUACAAUUCUGGACUUACAUCGACCAUCGAAAUUAUGAACUAUGAUUACGCAAAAGAAGUGCUUUGCUGUAUUGCGCGGGUGUUACAAGCGCAAGUUGUAAAUG